AUCUCUUCAGCAUCACCAGAUUACAAUUACUAAUCAAUAAAAAAUCAUGUCCACCAUUUCCAGGAAAGUUUACCGGGCUUAUGAUCCUCAGAGUUUCGAUGUUUGGGAUCCCUAUCAUCAUGGUUUUCAUUAUGGAGGCACUACUCUCCAUGCACCUCACUCAUCAGCUUACACCCACGAAGCAGCGCCCUUUGCGAACGCCAAGAUCGAGUGGAAGGAAAAUCCAGAGGCAUUCGUCGUGAAAGCUGAUCUUCCAGGGCUGAAGAAAGAAGAAGUGAAGGUGGAACUGGAGGAAGGGAACCUUUUGUGCAUAAGUGGUGAGAGGAAAAUUGAGAAAGAAGAAAGAGUUGAUAACUGGUACCAUGUAGAACGUAGCAGGGGAAGAUUUGUUCAGCGGUUUAGAUUGCCGGAGAAUGUGAAGGCUGAUCAGAUGAAGGCUUGCAUGGAAAAUGGAGUUCUCACUGUUACUGUUCCUAAAAUGGAGAAGAUCUGCCACUCCAGGCCCAUACGUAUUUUCUGAAGAGACGAAGGGAGGAAACUGUGUCGUUUUAAGCAUAUUAACGAAGGAAAAAUAAAUGACUGGUUAAUUUGCUCGUUAUUGUAAGAGUUGGUGGAUUAAUAUAUAUAAAUAAAGCAUGCUGCUCUUCUUCCA